CUGCGAGAGGCAGCAAUGUGCCGUAAAGCGUCUAGCCUGCCGGAAACGUGCGAGAGGAAGAAGAAGGACCAUAUUCCGUUUGCAGGCGGGCUGCUUCAAAACAUUAUGGCGUCGAGAAGAAGAACGACGGCAGUGCCAAGCACUUUCAAAAAUGCCUCAACCGAGGCAAAAAGCAGUAAAAGUGGAAACGCCACUAAUAAAGCCAACAACAGUGGAACUGGAAAGAAAAGUGUUAAAUCAAGUGGGACUGUUGUCAAGUCCCGAUAUAUGCAGUCUGCUGAGAAGACAUCUCUUUCAAAGAGUAACUCACGGAACAAUGAAUCUGUCGCUCUGCCCUCCUCGCCUAAAACCAGUGGUGUCAAACCAAAGGUGGGCAAUCAACCAAGACACACAAUGACCCCGCAGGCUCUUGGAACGUCAAUUAUGUCACGUGAAACUGAACCAUCACUGCUGGGAAAAAGUGUACUUCAGUCCACUUUCUCAGAUGGACACUGUUUUCGCCCAGAAUUUGAUAUUUCAGUCAUUAAAGAUAAAACAGUGAUAGAAAAUGCAGUGGAACCUGAGAGAAACCCAGAGAUUGAAAAGAGGAACAUAGAGAUGCAAACAUUCCUACUGGCCUACCUCACAGCUAAGAUGGAGAGCAAUACUGCAAAGCUUAAGGCCGAGGCAGAGGCAAGGAUACUGCAGGUGAUGGAGGAAGAAGAAGCUCUGCGUAGUGAAGCCCAUGAGAAGAAGCGUCAGUACCUCCUUAUGGAGAACAACAGGACAGUGAAUGAGUUGCUGGAUUUGCAGAUUUCUGCACUGACUCCUGUGGCAGAAGUUGCCAAGCAUUUCACAAAGGAAUACAAAUCUUUCGCCACAGCUAUUGACACGACCCGACAUGAGCUGCCUGUCAAGAAUUUCUACAUUGACGGAGACAGACGGGAAUUUCUAGAUAAAGCUGAGGCUUGCCUGAUGGAGAGUGAGACGUUGCUGGUGGAGUGCACAGAGGGAGAUCAUAAGGACAACAGCACCUCUCUAGAUUGCCUUAGGGAGAUGAAAAUUACUUCAAAGGACAUCAGUCAGCAGCUAUCAGGUGCAUUUUCCGAGCUGCUGGAGCUGUCAUCAUUGGUCUGCCGCCACACAAUCCACGUCCAGCAGGCUGCAGAGGAAGAGCAGCUCGGCAUUGCAAGAGCCCAGGAGCUCUACUGCCCGAAACAGUGAAGAAUACCACACAGCAUGGGAUACACAGUACAUGCACUUUGGAUAACCCCACCACCCUAAAUUUCUCUGGUUUGGGUUUAUUUGUACCAUUUGUGUCUGUUUUUAUUUGUACUGUCUGAAUUUUGUCGCAGAGAAAUUUUAAAUGUAGCAGAAUAACUGGUAUACUGUUGUAUAGCUGCAACUUUUUAUUAAUAAACAGAAAAAAAACAAAAUGAAA